AUGCCCCUCGCAACACCCAUACCCCGCUUACUGGCAUCAAGAGCACUCAUACCAGCACGCACACCCCCCGCCAGAGCCCUCUUCCGACCCCGCGUGCUCCGGACGUUUGCUUCAGAAGCCGCCUUCGACCCCGACACCGUAGAACGCGCCCAAGAUGAGGUAGACGUCUGUAUCGUCGGCGGAGGACCCGCGGGGCUGUGUGCUGCCAUCCGGCUCAAACAGCUGGAGCAGGAGAGGGGUGGCGACGAGCUGCGUGUAGUCGUUCUGGAGAAGGGUGGUGAAGUCGGCGCACACAUUCUGUCAGGAGCUGUCAUCGAGACCAAGGCUCUUGACGAGCUGAUUCCCGAUUGGAAAGAGCUGGGCGCCCCUCUGAACCAACCCUCCCUCGGCGGCUCUAUGCGUUUCCUCACUUCCAACGCUUCUUUCCCCCUUCCCCAUCCCCCGCAAAUGAGCAACAAGGGCAACUAUAUCGUCUCUCUCUCGAGACUGACAGCUUGGCUUGGCGAGCAGGCCGAGGCCUUGGGUGUAGAGGUAUACGCUGGGUUUGCAGGUGCCAAGGUCCUCUACACGGAGGACGGAAAGGGAGUCAAGGGCGUAGUGACGGGAGACGUCGGGCUGGACAAGGAGGGGAACCCCAAGGAGAGCUAUGAGCCCGGUAUGGAGUUUUACUCCAAGGUGACUCUGAUUGCCGAGGGAGCCCAUGGGUCAUUAUCGAAGGAGAUCCAGAACAAGUUCAAUCUUCGGGAGGGCAAGGACCCGCAAACGUAUGGCCUUGGUAUCAAGGAGGUGUGGAGAGUUCCGGAUGAGGUCUAUCGGCCCGGAGAGGUCGUACAUACUCUUGGAUGGCCUUUGGACUACAAGACGUAUGGUGGAAGUUGGAUGUACCACAUGGAGGACAAUAUGGUCAGUAUAGGGCUGGUCAUUGGGCUGGAUUACCAAAAUCCUUAUCUCUCUCCUUACAAGGAGUUCCAGCGGAUGAAGCACCACCCGUUCUUCGCCAACGUCCUCAAGGACGGUGAAUGCCUCGCCUAUGGCGCCCGUGCUCUUAACGAGGGCGGUCUCCAGUCUAUACCCAAGCUGAACUUCCCUGGCGGUGCUCUCAUUGGAUGUUCUGCUGGUUUCCUCAACGUUCCCAAGAUCAAGGGCACCCACAAUGCCAUGAAAUCUGGUAUGCUCGCCGCCGAAAGCGCCUUUGCUGCUAUCAAUACCGCCGCCGAGAUUGCGCCCGAAGCUAUCGAAGAAUCGGAAGAAUCAGAAGAUUCAGAAGAGACCGUCAUCUCCCCCCUCCUCGACUCCCACCCUAUUGACAUGUCUGGCUAUGCCACGGCUGUCGAGAACUCUUGGAUCUGGCAGGAGCUGAAGGAGAUCAGGAAUGUCCGCCCCUCUUUCCACAACCCAUUGGGUCUUUGGGGUGGUAUGAUGUGGUCUGGAUUAGACAGUCUCAUAUUGAAGGGGCGAGUGCCAUGGACGUUCCACAACAAGGUGGAGGACUAUGAUGCCACGAAGAAGGCUAGCGAAGUACAGCCUAUUGAAUACCCCACACCAGACGGCAAGCUCUCAUUCGACAUCCUCACCUCCGUUUCUAUGACCGGCACCAACCACGCCGAGAACCAGCCGGUGCACUUGAGGCUUCCAAAGGUGGAUGGCGCAAAGGCCGAGCACACCAAGAUCAACGCUGGAGAGUACGCUGGUCUUUUGGGUCGAGUCUGUCCUGCGGCUGUCUAUGAGUAUGCAGACGCCGAAGGGAGCGAGGUGGAUGCGGAUGGCAAGAAGUUUGUGAUCAACUCGCAGAACUGCAUUCAUUGCAAGACCUGUUCCAUCAAGACACCUACUCAGGAUAUCACUUGGACUGUACCGGAAGGCGGCGGAGGUCCCAAGUACAAUCUCACAUAA